UUCCAGUACUGUGUAUUGUUGAACAUUAAGAACAAGACACACCGGCACAGCAUGGGUGAGUUCAGCAGGCGGUGUGUCUUGUUCCUACGUUGUUUCUGAGGUUGCCCAUUCCUUCUAGCAUCGAAACACCUGGGAGUCGCUGAAGUCUGGACGGCCAGGGUGUGCGAGUAAUUUCAAUUGCUGUGUGAAGGGAGUAGAUUCUCACUGCAGCCCAGGUUCACACAUGGAUCCAGCAAAUGUCCGAUGGACUGAGAAUGAGUAUGCUCUCAAUGAAUAUGUGUCCAAAUACAUCAACUCAUUUCCAAACAUCAUAAAAAUCACAGAAGGAUUUUUAGGGAAGCAGGAAAUAGACAGCAUCAGUUCAAGUAUGGUGAUUAGGGUCCAUUCCCUUUACAGCCAACAGAGAGUAAUAGCCGAAUCAAGAAAGGGGAAGUUGUUCUCUAUACCAAUAAAAUUGAAAACGCUGAAAUUCGUCCCUACCGGAGGUUCCUGUCCUAUCAAUGGGCCCAUUUUGCAGCAUCCUAUGACCCUACAAGAAAUACUUUCCAACUAUCACCUCCCUGUAACCAUUCAUUCCUCCAAAGCACUGUCUUUCAAGGAAAAAGGGGAUGAGAAAUCUGAGGAUCAAAGACUUCCUGAACUACUACUGAAAGAAACCUAUGAGGAAAAAUUUUUACUUGGUCAUCCCAUUGAUAAAGGUAAAAUCUUUACCAAAGAGCCCAUUAUGGUCCCAAUGUAUAUGAAAGAAUUAAGACUGGUGGUAGCUUUUGGAUUUACCAAUAAUAAUGUAAAAACAUGGAACAGCAUUUGCCAAUGGCUUACCAGACUAGUGGAAAAUGAAGGGGACAUGUCACAGGUUACUUUUGAAGAAAUAUAUUUACUAGAAAAAAAGAAUAUAUCAUCCGAGGAACCACAAUACAGCACCAUUGAGCCAAUUUAUAUUGACAUCAAUGAACUUGGAAUGGAACAGCAGAGAAAUCAAACACCCAUAAACAAAUCUACCCCCAGUGAGAGACCAAUUCCAAGAAACCAGAGCAAUGCAUGUAGCUGGAAUCAAGUGCCUCAGGAGGUGCCAAAUGUCACCACACCAAUAAUAAACAUGACUGAUGUCCCAAAAGAUCUUCGAAGCUUGACUAUCAAUCAGAUGUGUGAGUGUCUUAAUCUGCUCAACAUGAACCAGUAUGCAGCGGCCUUUAAGGGGGCACAGGUGGAUGGCCAAUUCUUGUAUGAGCUGGACCACGAGAUAAUGAAGAGUUGCCUGGGUAUGAAUGACCUUCAUGUUGUCAAAUUAAUCAAGUUCAGGGAUGGCUGGAGGCCGAAUUUGCAAAAUCAGUAGCGGUUAAAAAAAAACAUUGAUUGAUAGAGGGUAGAAUGUGAAAUAAGGUAAGGUGGCACCAUGCUAACUUUGCAACCAAAAUAUUAAAAAAAAAAAAAAAAGAAGUGUUUUCAUCAAGUCUUUGUAGUUCGAGCAAAACUAAUAGAGUGAGCUGCACAUUAGUAGUUAGACACUAAAUAAUAUAGCCGCCACCCAAAAUAUCUACUAAUAAAACAGUCAGUCCUGAGCAAGUCAGGGAGUUUACAAUGUUUAAACUGUGGGUACUGGGACUAUAGUUUGAGCAGUAGGUACCGUUCAGGCAGUGUAAAAACUGCAUAAUCAGGGCAGUUUUAAAUAUGUUUUUUAAAUGCUAUUUUCAAUAACCAGACUUUGAAUUCAGAUUACAUUUAGAUUGCACGUGUAUUAGCCAUUUUUACUGAACUGUCUUCCAUUAACUGUCCAUAAAAGGGUCCAUUAUAAAACAGACCAUAUCUUCUCUAGAUAUUGAGAAUGGAAUCAACCUAAUUUUAAUCUGAUCAGGCUGAGAAUCAGACUAAAUCACUAAAUGUUAGCAGUGUGGGAUGGUAUUAUUUAUGAUCUAUGCAAUUUUGUUAAAGUCUUUAAAGGUAAACACCACGAUUUACCGCAAACCCUGUAGUGGAAACACAUUACUACAUGAACAUUCCUGCCAUCCAAGGAGCCAGAUAGCUGGAAUCCCUACUGGUCAGUUCCUACGCCUUAGGAGGAACUGUACAACCAUAGGGGAAUACAAAAUAGUUGCAGAAGAUAUGAAGGGAAGGUUCAAAGAAAGAGGAUAUAGUAGCGAGAUUAUCCACAAGGCAUACAAAAAAGCUGAAAAUACCAACAGGGAUGCCCUUCUGCUUCCGAAGAAUAAAAACAAAAACCAUAUGAUAGAAACAAAAUAUCCUUUAUUACAAGAUACAGCAGACAGUAUAAAAAUAUAGUUAAGGUAAUAAAGAGGUUGUUGCCAAUCUUGUAUGCGGAUGAAGAUUUCUGCAAUGCACUGGCCCCAGGGCAGGGCCGCUCCAGCCAUGAGGCAAGGUGAGAAUCUUGCCUCAGGCGUCACGGAGUGGCCAGUUACCAAGGGCGGCAAAAAGC